AUGACCACGCAGACGCAAGAUCUUAGUCAGGCCUUUGUCGUGUCCGACAGCCAGUUUGCUUCAUUGUUUGUCGAGGACUCGCAGCCUAUGUCCGAGAUGGCACCUGAUUCAGAGGUGUUCGAGUUUGAUUCCCUCUAUGUGCCUGUAGUGCUCGUUGAGUCAACUCCUGCUGCUGCUGCCGCUGCAAUCAAGCUAGCAGAAGCAAAGGCAAAGAAUGAUGGUAGGACUGACAAGGGUUUCAAGGAGGUGCACUUGAACACCAUUGCGAAGCAGGUGUUCGAAUUCCGUGGGCAAGAGGUGUCUGCCACCCAGGUAUACAACCACCUGAGGAAGUGGAGAAGUCGAUGGAUCCAAGUGUCCAAGCUGAGAGACCUUAGCGGCGCCUCAUGGGAUGAGAACACUUGCUCCAUAGUUCUGGAGGCAGAGCACUACGCCGGCCAUGUCGCGGACCACCCAAGGGACGCUGAGUUCCUCAACACACCCAUCCAGAACUACAACCAGAUGCAGCACAUCUUCUCCUUCGGGCUGGCAACUGGGAAGCAUGCCAUGGGCUCGGGUGAGCCUAUUGGUUCUCCCAUGCCAGAAUUCCCUGGGACACCGGACGUCGAGGUCCUUGAUGGUCCUGACAAGCCCAUUGCGAAGCCCUUCGACAAGCCAUUUAACCACGUCCAUGAUAGGAAGAGGAAGAGAUGA